AUGGUGGCACCCAAAUGUCCAGGAACAGAGGUCCGGGAGGAGUACAAGCGCGGAUUUGGUGUCCCCACGCUCAUCGCCGUGCAUCCCGAGAACGACCCCAAUGGCGAUGGCCUCGAGAUCGCCAAGGCGUACGCGGCAGCCACCGGCGGCCACAGGGCUGGGUGCCUGGAGAGCUCCUUUGUCGCCGAGGUCAAGAGCGACCUCAUGGGGGAGCAGACCAUCCUGUGCGGCAUGCUGCAGACGGGCGCGGUCCUGUGCUUCGACAAGAUGUUCGAGAAGGGCAUCGACCCAGGAUAUGCGUCCAAGCUGAUCCAGUACGGCUGGGAGACCAUCACGGAGGCGCUCAAGCACGGCGGCAUUACCGGCAUGAUGAAUCGUUUGGACAACCCCUCGAAGGUCAAGUGCUUCGAGCUGGCCGCGGAGCUUAAGGAGAUCAUGGCACCUUUGUACUUCAAGCACCAAGACGACAUCAUCACCGGCCACUUCUCGAAGACUAUGAUGGAGGAUUGGGACAACGGCGAUGUGAAUCUGUUGAAGUGGCGCGAGGAAACAGCCCUGUCAGGAUUCGAGAAGACUCCUGCCGGCAGCAUGACAAUCAGCGAACAGGAGUAUUUCGACAACGCCAUUGUCAUGGUGGCCAUGAUCAAGGCAGGCGUCGAGUUAGCCUUUGAGGAGAUGGUGGCCGUCGGGAUGAAGCCAGAGAGCGCCUAUUAUGAGUCGCUCCACGAGACGCCCCUGAUCGCGAACACCAUCGCGCGCAAGAAGCUGUACGAGAUGAACAAGGUCAUCUCAGACACGGCCGAAUACGGGUGUUAUCUGUACACUGCGGAGUGCGUGCCGCUCCUGAAGGAUUUCUUCACGAAGGUUGACACGGACAUCAUUGGAACCAAGUACAACAAGAGUGGCAGCAACGGCGUUGACAACGUGAAGCUGACACAGAUCAACGAGGAGAUCUAUAACCACCCUGUCGAGAAGAUCGGCCGCGUGCUGCGAGGCCACAUGACGGCGAUGAAGAGAAUCGCGACUGACGCGUGA